AUGGUGGAAAGGUAUCGACAAAGCACGCCAUCCUCGUCAGCGUAUGGCGACGCCAUCGACUCGUUCGAGAAAGAAGUUCUCGAUCAUUAUGAAACGAAUCGCGAGAAGCAUAAUGAUGAACGGGACAACAUCCAGAAGAAGACGUUCACAAAAUGGGUGAAUAAACACUUGUCAAAGGCGGGUCUUAAAGUCGACGAUUUAUUUGUCGAUUUACGAGAUGGAUAUGCACUAAUUGCACUUCUGGAAGCUUUAACUGGCGAAAGAAUUCAAAAAGAGAAUGGCUAUACGCGAUUUCAUAGGAUACAAAAUGUGCAGUAUUGUUUAGAUUUUUUGAAGAAGAAAAAUAUCAAACUGGUUAACAUUCGGCCGGAAGAUAUCGUUGAAGGAAACGGAAAACUGACACUAGGCCUCAUUUGGACGAUUAUCCUCAAUUUCCAGGUCUCGGUGAUCCGGCAGCGAUUGCUGCUUGAAGCUCAACACGAACGAGCUCAUGCUCGAACGAGUGACUCGCACACCUCACAGGCUUGCAUGACGCUCGUUUCGUCAUGGUGGCCUAUGGAGAUGCUCCCAGAUGGUGUGAGCAAUUUGGUGCUCAUCGUGUUCUGUAUGAUAUUCGAAAUUUGCUCGAGAAUCGCGUGUUUUGUUCUCGGAAUCGGUUGCAUCGAUGAAAUAGUGCGCAAUGAGCGUAGACUGACUUGUGAUGGUGGCGACCCCACCUACACGACGGCGGCGGCGGCGACGGCGGAGGAGGAGGAGGUUGGGGCCACGCCCAGGCAAGUCAACCAUCCAACUUAUUCCCACGCGUGCGAUUUUUGCGAUUCGUACGUUUGGCAUGCGACAGCGUGUCUAGGAACAACAGCACUAUUACUAUUCGGCUUCGCAACAACACUCAUCAUGUUCAAAGUGGUCCGCUCAUAUUCGAAAAAGGCCGAGCGUAAGCAAGAGAGCUCACGCGGUGCCUCGCAGUCGUCAGCCGCAAUCGGCGCUGUCGGUGGUGGCUCGAGCCAGUAUUAUGAGGAAUACCGAAAUGGCGGCGCCAUCGGUGGUGGCGUUGCUGGUAACGGCUCCAUGUCCAGUGUUCACCACCAUCAGUUCAAUGGCGGCAGCAACGGCCAACUGAUGCACCACGCCGACAACAAGCACUUGUCGAAUGCUUUCAUUCAGCAUCAGGCUGCGACGGGUGGCUUCUCAGAGAGCUCGUCGUAUGAAACUCGCGAGCACUUUGAGCGCAAAGUCCAGCGUGUCAAGAAGACUCGAGGCGAACGGGAAAGGUCCCGAUCGAUGCGAAGAGAUGAGGUCUCCGAAGCGCUACAGGGAAGCGAUGCGACAUCGGCGCGCGACGCAUUGCUCCAAUGGGCGCGAAAGGUGACUUCCGGUUAUCCACGAGUCAAUGUGACGAACUUCUCGAGUUCUUGGCGAGACGGACUUGCAUUCAACGCGAUAUUGCACAGAUAUCGGCCGAAUAUUAUUGACUGGAACAAGAUCAGCAGCGACUCGGUUUCGAACCGUGAACGGUUGGACAACGCGUUCGCGGCCGCUGAAAAGGAAUUCGGCGUUUCACGUCUUCUUGACGCUGAAGACGUCGACACGAACAACCCAGAUGAGAAAUCGAUCAUCACUUAUGUCUCGUCGUUGUACAAUGCUUUACCACAUCUUCCGGAACUCAAUCGCCUACAAAAAGUGCAACAGGAGUAUAUCGAAGAAGCGCAUGAAUGGAGGGAAUGGGUGGAACGGGCUACCCGUUUGGUCGAUGACCGGCUAUUGUCUGGAACUGCGGCAGAACUCAUCUAUGAGCUGCAGAGGUUCCGUGAUGAUGAUUUGCCACCGAAGGACGAGCAAAGGAAGGGUCUUAUCAAAGUGUAUGACUAUUUGGAGAAGGUAAUGAGGAACACCGAGUUCUUCGCGAUUCCGACCCAAUACACUGGACCCGAAUUGCAAAGAUGCUGGAAUGAAUUGCUAAAUUCAAUUGAUCGACGAUUCGAGAUUUUGGAGCAUCAUCGUAUUGCUGAGGGAAAUGCGAACGACUUGAUCAGCCGCCUUGAGCGCGGCAUUGGAAUUACGAAUGAGAAGCUUGACUUGAUUCUGAAGAGAAUUGAGGAUGUCGAGGCUCGCGUCGACACUUCUCCACCAGCAGCUGUCGAAAGAACUGUCAGCGAAAUUGUCGAGGAUUUGAACCUUCUUGAAAAUCCGAUCGCCGGAUUCUUUGAGGACGUUGAGGAAUUGAAGACCAACAACCAUCCAGAGGCCAAUGACUUCUACCGAAGAGUCUACGGAUUGCACCAACGUCGCACUGCCUAUCUGGAUCGGCUCACCAAUCAAAUCCUUGUUCGUCUUGGUGUUCGCACCGAAACCCUUCAAAAGGAGAAUCUAGCACGCCUUGAAGGAAUUCGUCAGACCUCAUUCAGUCGUGUUGAAGAAUGCAUUGAAUGGGUUCGCGUUCGAAUGGAGAAACUCACCACCAUGGAGUUCCUUGAGGAUCUUGAGACCCUCGAGACGAUGUUCGAACAGCACAAGCUCGACAAUCGCGAUAUUCAAGAUUUCCGUCAGAAUGUCGACGAGUGCAUUGCUCGACAAGCCGAGGUGUCUGCUGAAGACACCUACGAGUACUGCGAAUUGCUUAGAAUCCUUGAAUCUGAAUACCAACAACUUCGUGAUCUUUCCGCUGGAAGAAUGCUUGAUUUGGAUUCAUUGAUUGCAUUCGUCCGCGCAGCGCAAUUGGAACUCAUUUGGGUCAGCGAACGCGAAGAGAUCGAGGUGACUCGAAAUUGGUCGGACAUCAAGCAACUUGAGUUGCCAAUGCUCACCAACUAUUACAAACAAUUGUUGCACGAGAUGGAGCUUCGCGAGAAGCAAUACAAUGAUGUGCACAACCAAGGGGCUGCUUUGCUCAAUCAGGGACAUCCAGCCGUCCAUGUGAUUGAGGCAUAUUUGAGAACCAUGCAGAACCAAUGGGAUUGGCUGUUGGCAUUGUCGAAAUGCCUUGAGGAACACCUUCGCGAUGCGCUUAAUUUGAAAUCAUUCAUGGAAGAGGCUGCUGAUGCAGAAUCGUGGAUUGAGGAGCAGGCGACGCGUUUAGAGAACAACUAUAACAGGACCGACUUCUCGCUUGAGGAAGGAGAACGAUUCUUGAGGGAACUCGAUGAGAUCAAAGAGAUCCUCAACAAGUACCAUGGAGUGCUUAUGGCUCUUACCGAGAGAUGUGCGACUAUCUCGCCACUCUGGCAGAGAGGAGAUAGAAUCCCACAUCCGAUCAAUGUGACCGCUCUGUGCGAUUAUAGCGACAAGAAUAUUACCAUCAAAGCCGGUGAUGACGUUGUUCUUCUUGACAACUCUGAUUUGAUCAAGUGGACCGUCCGUGAUCUUUCUGGUGUUGAAGGCCAAGUUCCAUCGGUCGUCUUCAGAAUUCCGCCACCAGACGCCAAACUAACGGCAUUCCUCAAUCGUCUUCUUCAGCAAUUUGAGAAGCUUAAAAAACUUUGGGAAAAGAAGCACAGAAUGGUGCGAUUCAAUAUGGUUUUGAACACGAUGCGCACAAUUCAAGGAUGGGAUCUUGAUACAUUCAAUUCGAUCGAUCCUGAUCAGCGGGACGCCAUCAUGAAGGCUCUUAACGAUGAUGCCAAUAAACUUCUCAGUGAAUUGGAUCCAAAUGAUCCAUUGGUUUUGAGACUACGCGAGGAGCUUCGCAAGACGAACGAACACUUCUGGAACCUGCUCAAUGCUAGCCAGAAGCCACCAGAGCCAGAUUGGGCCUCACAGUACGAUCAGAAGAUGGCCGAGUUGCUCCGCAAACUCGAGGAAUCAUGGAGAAUCCUCAAUGACAAUGUCGGAAAGCCGGUUUCCCGUACCCCAGAGGAUCUUGAGCGUGUUAUUCAUGAGCAUAAACGAUUCGAAGAUGCGCUUCAAGGACUCGAUGCGGACGUCGCAAAUGUCAAAGAGCUGUUCAGAAACUUGCCGAACCCGACGCCAACCCAACGCGUUAAUAAUGAUCGUCUUUCGGCGCUCUGGGAUGAUCUUUGGGAUCUUUCCAGAAUGUACGUCGAGCGAAUCAAGGUUCUUGAGUCGGUUUUGAACGGAAUGGUCGAAGUCGCUGAUAUCGUGAAGCAGCACGAGAUAACGUUGAAUUCAUUCGACGAUCUGCCGGCUGCGCUCGACAAAUUGCGAGGACACCACUCGCAAUUGCUCGAGAUCAACAUGGUUCUCAAGCAACAACAAAAUAUCAUUGAUCAAUUGAACAAGAACGUGGCCUUGUUGAGACAACACGUCGCCAGAACCAGAAUCAAUGAGGGACACCAUCCUGAUGUCGAUGUUAUUGAAGAUGAAGUUCAGAAGCUCAAUGUUCGUUGGGAGAAUGUCAACUCGCAAAUUGCCGACAGACUUAUCGCUGCUGAGAAGGCUCUUCAAAUUCAGAUGGUCUACAGAUCCGAAUACGAGACGGAAAUGGCUUGGCUCGAUACUGUUGAGGAGACUAUCAACAGACUUCGCAAGCCGGAAGAGCUCCGUCCUGAGCAAUACCAACAGCAGCUCGACCUUCUCGUUGCCGAGUAUUCGCAUCUUCAGGAGCACACUCAAGCCAUUGAGAAUGUGAACAAGGAAGGAGGAAAAUUCAUUCGUGACGCGAAGAGCUAUGAUGCAAAGAUGGGGCAAUACGCCGAUGCGAUCGUCGGAGUACAUGGUCAUGGAAUACGCGAUUUGUUCAGAAGAACGAAACCACAACCAAAGAAUGGUGCGACUAUUGUCACUGAGGAACUUGAACUUCUCAACCGCCGCUUUGCUCAAUUGAGCUCGCUGAUUCUCGAACGCAGCAACACAAUGCAGGUGCUCAUUCAGAACUGGAAGCGACAAAAGCAGUUAUUCAUGUGUGAUUUGAAUUCUUGGUUUGAUACUCAUAUCCCACACCUACAGGAAGAAGAAGACCGCCGUCGCGCCGAAGAAGAGGAGAAGCGGCGAGCAUUUGAAGCGGCCCGUAAAAAGGCGCUUGAAGAUGCGGAGCGCUUGCGGCGCGAGCGUGAAGCCGCUGAGCGGGAGAGACGUCGCCGCGAAGAGGAAGAGCGGCGUCGUCGCGAGGAAGAGGAACGCCGUCGGCGUGAGGAGGAAGAACGUCGGCGUCGCGAGCAGGAAGAGCGUGAUCGCGAACGCGAGCGCCUCCGCCGCGAGGAAGAAGAGCGCCGUCGGCGUGAGGAAGAGGAACGUCGGCGUCGCGAGCAGGAAGAGCGUGAUCGCGAACGCGAGCGCCUCCGCCGCGAGGAUGAAGAGCGCCGUCGGCGUGAGGAAGAGGAACGUCGGCGUCGCGAGCAGGAAGAGCGUGAUCGCGAGCGGCAGCGACGAGAAGAUGAGGAACGUCGCCGUCGUGAAGAGGAAGAGAGGCGUAGACGUGAGGAAGAGGAGAAUAGAAAGAAACCGCCAGCAGACAUCCAUCUCGAUAUCAAGAAGCCAUUCGAGUUCCGCGAGAUUGUCACCACUGGAACUGGCGAUGAGUUCGACGAGCUUAAACCACUCGAGGAUCACGCUAAGAUCAGCGAGGUCGAUGAUGAGAUGCAAACUUUCGCGGAGGAGACCAUCGUCAACACUCAGUUCUAUGAAAUGGAAGGAACUCUUCACAAGCAGACCGGAGAGAUUGUGACGUUCGUUGAAGCAAUUCGACAGGGUCUUCUUGAUCUUCAUUCGGGAGGCGGGCAAUUCUUCGAUUUGCUCAAUGGAUCGAAGAUUUCUUUGGAGAAGGCCGCCGAGCUCGGUUACAUUGACGGAGCAUUCCAGGAGGUCCUCAACACCAAAUGGGGAAUCAACCAUCCGGAGACUGGAGAAUCGAUCACUCUUCUUGAAGCCAUCCAGAUUGGACUCUAUGAUCCGGAGAUUCGUCAGAUCCGUGACAUCAACACCCGCGAGAUCUUGUCGAUGGUCGACUGCACCUCGAAAAGAAUCUUCAACUUCGACACCAUGCACAAACUCAUCAAGAUGGGCAUUCUCAAGCUUCCACCAAUGGGACUUUCGCAGGCUAUCGAGCAAGGUGUGAUCAACACUGAGACCGGAUAUUUCACUGGAAAAUAUACCAAAGAAACCAUGCCAAUCAAGGAUGCCAUCUAUCACGGAUACGUACAAAUUGUUACUGCUCAAACCGCCCCUCAAAUCGCCAUCACUCUCACUGAUGCCAUCGAAAACGACUUCAUCAACGCCAACAAUGGAGAGUUCAAUGAUCGCAACACCAAUGAUCAAUUCACUCUUCGCGAUGCCGUUUCGAAGAAGCACAACUUAUUGAAUAUGACAGUCCCUGAAAUUGUCAAUACUGCAGAGAACAAACGAUUGAACCUUGGAGAAGCUCUUGUUCGCAACGCGAUCAGCUCCAGAAACGGAAACUUCACCGAUUUGCAGUCCCGCAGAAGCUACUCGCUCAAGGAGGCUCACAGAGAUGAGCUCAUUUGCAAGCCGCUCACCCUCACCGAAGCUUCUCAACGUGAUUUGAUUGACUCGAAGGGAUUCUUUGUUGAUCGUGGAACCAAGAACCGCUACUCGCUCCUUGAAGCCAUUUCCACCGGUCUCCUGGACGCUGAAGUUCGCCACAUUGUUGACCCAGAUGAGAAUGACGUAAUCUCGAUGGCUGAAGCUCUUGAACGCGGAGUUCUUACACCAAAUGGACGCAUUGUGCUGGAGAAGCAGCAGAAGGAAUUCACUGUUUCUGAAGCGAUUCGUGAAGGCCUUUUGACCAAGCGAGUCCGCCACACAAUCUUCGAUGUCAAGGGAAUUCGUAACACCCAGACCGAUCAACUGCUCAGCUACAACGAGGCUGUUGAAGCUGCAGUCAUUGUCCCGAAUGCCGAGCGUGUUGUCGAUCUUGCCACUCAGGAAAGCUACUUGAUCAGCGAUGCUCGUGCCAAAAACCUCAUUGAUGAGACUCUUCAUGAAUUGCUCACCAAGCCAGUUGGAAUCAAGAGCGAGAGAGGAGACUUCGAUUUGAACCUCGUCCGCGCUGUUUCGCAAGGAUUCAUCGAUCCAUCGAAGGGAGUCUUCUUCAACAAGAAAACGAAACGCGAGUUGUCCACCCGUGAAGCCUACCAGGAUGGACUUCUCAGUCUUCGCGGAGCCAUUCAAGUUUCUGCCCUUCUCGAUGUCCCACCAUCUCUUAUGACACCAUCGAAGAAAAUCGACAAGAAGAAGAGAAUUAGCCGUCCAGGAGCACAGGGAUUGGAAUUGGCUUCGAAUCAAGUCAAGGUCACGAUUGCCGAAGCCAUGAAGCAAGGACUCAUCGAUUCGAGAACCCAACGCUUCCGUCAAGGAGACAUCGACAUGUCGCUCGAUGAUGCAUUGAGCCAAGGAUUGAUUGAUCCAGCCAGCGAAUGGAUUGUUCCAGCCAGAGACAAAGGAGCCGGCCCAACAAUCGAGGAGAAGACCACCGAGAAGGUCACAGAGACCGGACAACAGCUUGCUCCAAAAUACUAUCCAGACCGAAACAUCGAGGAAUCUGUUACUACCGUCAAGAGAGUCCGAACCACCGAAACUACCGCCCUUGGAGGUCCAGGAGGUGUGUCUGUCUACCGUUCCAUCACUGGCGGCAAGGGAGCCAUCGAAGUUCCAUCGACUGGAUACCACAUCUACGAAGCUGAGCGCAAGGGACUCAUCGACCUCACCACUGGUCAGAUCACUGCUCCGAACGUUGAUCGCUCAAUUACCUUCGCUGAAGGAAUUGAACAUGGAAUCAUCGACGCCUCGACCAUCUCCGUCCGUGAUCCAAGGACUGGACGUCACGUCGGAAUCAAGGAAGCCCUUGAGAAGAACCUCAUUGAAAAAGAUGGAAGUGUGAAUGGACGAAACAUUGAGAAGUCGAUUGAAGACAAGAAUAUUGUGAUUGAAGCCGAACCAUUGGUGCCACUCAACAAUCAAUCGAAGAACAUCAUCCAGAUUCCAUCAGGAAACGGGCCAAUCAUCAGCUUCCGCCCAGUUGGACAGCCGAUCGUUGAGGAAUCCGUUCAGUCUUGGGAGUUCGACGCUCAUGAGGGAGUGUUCAUCGAUCAUCACUCGAAUGAGCGAAUGACCAUCGAGAGAGCACUUGCUUCCGGAAAGAUCGCCCCAGAAGAUAUUUCGGUUCGCGAUGCUCUCACUGGACGCGAAAUGUCGUUCACUGAGGCCGAGAAGUGGGGAAUCAUCGACACGAAAGGACGCUACUACAUGGACAAGUCGCAGAAUAAGAGAAUGUCGUACACGGAGGCCGCCCAGCAGCAUCACAUGUACCCGACAGGAGGAGUUCCAGACAAUGCUGCUGACGCAGUUCACACCACCGUCAAGAUCCAGACUCGCACUCAAGUUGCCAAGAAGGAGGCUCUGUCCAGCGGAGUUCCACUCAGUGAAAACACCCUUGGAAAAGCUUUGGCCCUUGGAUGGUACGACGCUUCAUCUGGAACUUUCACCAACCCAGACACUCAGAAACCAAUGACCCUCAAGGAAUCCAUAAUCAAGGGAUUGUUCAAUCCAUAUGACACCACUGUCGUCGACAAGAGAACCGGAAAGGAAUACUCGCUUCUUGAAGCCAUCCAGGAAGGACUUGUUGAUGACACUGCUGGAACUGUCAAGAACACUCAGACUGGACAAACCAUGAGUCUUUCGGAUGCCGUCAACGCGGGAAUCAUCAAGGGAAAGAACUUCGGAGACUCGCUUGAUUCAAGCUUGUUCUCUGGACGUCUCGAUUUGAGCACUGGCCAUUACACCGAGCCUACUGGAGGACGCGUUCCACUUCAUGAAGCCUUAAAUAAGAACCUCGUUGAUCAAUCAUCUGUGGUUGUUCGCGAUCCAUCAACAGGCCAUGAAUACUCGUACAGGGAAGCCGUCAGCCGAAGAAUUGUCGAUCCAGACCGAGGACUCAUCCAUAACAACGAUACCAAGGAGUCUACCAGCUUCUCGCAAGCCCUCACCACCGGACUUCUCGCCUCGUCAAGCUCCAACCAGCGUCCAAGUACUCACACCCAACAACGACUUGUUGAGCAACGUCUUCAACUCACUCCAUUCGCUCCAAAUCAGGUCUCCACCAGAUCUGAGGAUGGUCGUCAUGAAUUUGUCGACCUUGGAGGCGGCAAACAAGUCCGCGUCAAAGUCGUCAAAGGUGAAGGUGGUGUUGAGAAGGGAGAGUACGUCGACCCAUCCACUGGAAUGAAGUUCACUAUCCAAAUGCAAGGAGAUCCAUUCGUCACUGAGACAAAGACAAGCGUAAAAUCGACAUCCCAGGUGCAAUCCGUUGAGCUUGAGCCACAUGCUGAGUUUGUUGGAAUCGACAGAAUCCGCGACAAAAGAAACAACCGAAUUAUGUCACUCGAGGAUGCCAAGAGAAUGGGAUUGGCCAAGGUUGACAAGAAAGGAAAGCAGAUGACCAAGAGCUACCAGGUCUUCCGAUCCAACAUCCAGAAUGCCGUUAACCGUGGAAUCAAAGAUGCCCAUGACGAGAAGAUCAGUCUUGAGGAUGCCAUCCGCGCCGGAAUCGUUGAUAUCCGCAACCUCACUUACCGUCAUCCAAAAUCAGGAGAGUCAAUUUCAUUGACACAAGCCGCCAACAUGGGAUUGAUCGACGUCACCUUGUCGGAGAUCCUUCCAAAGGGAAUAACUCAUCCGGGAACCAACGAGAACAUCAGCAUCAAGAGAGCCAUCGAUCUCGGAAUCGUUGAUCCAAGAACCGGAGAAGUUAGAGAUCCAAGAACCCGCGAGCAGCUCACCUGGCUCGAUAUCUUGAAGACUGUCUACCAGGCGAUCAGCACCGAUGGAGUAUUCGAUCCAACCAAGGGACAUCAUGUGCCGGUCACUUCUGCUCUCAAUGACGGACUCAUCAAUGCGUCAACUGGCAAUUACCACAAUCCAAUCACUGGAGAAGUUGUUCCAUUGAACGAUGCCGUCGAGCGAGGACUGAUUGAUCGAGGAACCUACGAGACGAUCACCAAGCCAUUCGUCACCGAUUUCCGCACCAACCGUCAAUUGAAUCUUGUCGAAGCUGUUCGAGAGCGUUUGGUUGAUCCGAAGAACCGCACCAUCCAACUUUCUCGUCAGAGUGUUGUUCCAAUCGCCAAAGCUAUUCAAGACGGACGCAUUCCAUUCGAGAUUGGAGAGAAACUUCGUCGCGUUGAUAAGCUCACCUUCGCUGAAGCUCUCGGAAAAGGAUUGAUUGAUUCGAAGUCCAACAUUUUCACUGAUCCUGACACAGGAAGACAGAUGACCAUUGCUCAAGCCAUUGAUGCUGGAUUCAUCGACACUGGAAGCGUUGAAGGAAUCGAAGGUAACGAUGAGAAGAACCUCGCCAACGUUCUUCACUCGUCUGACUUUGAUGAGAACUCUGGAAGAAUUCGUGACAAGAAGACCGGAUUGUACCUCACCUUCUCGGAUGCCGUCAAUCGCGGAGUCAUUGAUGGAGAUUCACUUAUCCACCUUCAAGAAGGAGACGAGCUCGUCACACUCAGAGACGCCCUCAACCGCAAGAAGAUCGAUUCUGAUGGAAAGUUCGUUGAUGGAAACAACAGACUUAAAUUGAGCGACGCCGUCAGAACUGGAAGAAUCACCGUUAUCGCCUCACCAUCGGAAGCCGUACAAGCCGUUACCGAAGGAGUGAAACGCCGUGAUGCUGAAGGAUACAAGUUCAAGAUCACCGAGUAUGAAGAUGCGGAGAAGCAAAGACAAAGUGUUCCGAAAUGGAGAGAGCAAACGACCGUGACCAAAUUGACGCCUCAGAUUCAAGAGCCAGGACUUUCCGUGAGAAUGCGACAAUCCGUGACAUCGAUUGGAGAUCGCGCGCGCAGUUUCAUCGACGAUCCAUCCACCCUCGCCGAUUUGCAGCAAGAUUUUCUCAGCAAUUUGGAAGCCAACAAGUUUGACACAGAUGAGAGAAUCAUCGAGAACCCCCAGACGCAUCAGCGCGUCUCCGUCCGUGAAGCCACCGAGACUGGACUUCUUGACGUGCUCACCGGAGAAAUUGUUCAUCCUGAGACUGGACGCCGACUGUCGAUCCCAAAAGCCGUUCACAUGAAGCUUGUCGGAAAUGACGCCGCCAAGCGACUCAUGGAAGGAUUGAACAUGCCGAUCGAAGAAGUUCACAUCGCCUCGCAAACCAUCUCGUCUACUCACCGCUCACCGUCGCCAGUGUUCGCCACCGCGUCAGUAAGCCAGCCCGCCGGAGGAGUCGUCACCCGCGAAUAUACCAAGACGAUCAACUGGCACGGACAACCGUCCGAAUUGAGAAACUCGAAGACCGACCCGCUUGCCCCGUACACCUCAGUGACCACGUCGAAUGCCGACGCUGAUGAUGCCCCAUCAUGGGCCAGAAAGCACACAAUUCAAGUUCCGAGUUUUACCUCAAUCCGUCUUCAGGAAAAUGUAACUCGUGUUGUUUCGUACCGCGAAGCGGAGAUUGGUGAUAUGAUCACUGAUUUGUCUCGAUUCAAGGAGGAGAUCUUCACGUCGCAUCUUGUGUUCGAUCCGAAUCCGCAAUCAGUUGAAGCGGCUUCGAAAAAUGUCGAGAAGGUAAAGGAUUCGCUGGACGCAUGGCGUGAUCGAAUCAAGGAGAGAUUGGACGCCAUUGAUGAUCUUUGCCGAGAUGAAGCGGACAGUUUGACACCGGAGCAAUUCGCAGCGUUGAGAGAGAAGAGAAGAGUUCUUGCUGAUGAAUAUGAGAAUGUGCUGCGAACAGUGGAAGGCAUUCAUUCGAGAUUGAAUAUCCUUGCGGCGCUCCUCAUUGAGUUCUCGUCGCUUACUUCUUCGAUGCAGUCAUGGAUGACGGACAGAACGAGAUUAGGUGGAGACAUUCGACACAAGUCGGCGGAUCCUUUGAAACUUGAUGAGGCUCGUUAUGAAGCUAAAUCGCUUUUGGAAGAAGUCCAGCGUGAGGAAUAUCGACUCAAGAAUAUUGGAGCAUCAGUUAUCCGAAUUGAGCAGGAGAUUGAAGCGAUGUAUGAAGAUAUGCGAUCAUCGGCGUCUGCUUCUAUUCCGGCUGGUGUUAGUGUUGAAGAAGUUCAGGAAACGAAACGACGCGUUGAAGAUGAUUACGCGCAAUUGCUCCGACAGUGUCAAGAUCUGAUUCAGUUCCAGAAUCGGGUGCAUGCGAUGAAUGACGAGCACGCACAACAUGCCAGAAAAGCCGAUGAGUGGAUUCAAUCGCUUCAGCAGGAAAUUGAAGAUGUUGAACGCGCUAGCGUGCCUGAUGACGAGCGGCUUAUGCGGAUUGAGGAGCUUAAUCGAAUGGCGGCUGGCGGCUCAUCGCAACUUGACGAAGCUGAGAUUGCGUCGCAACGAUUGAUUUCUGCCCUAGAAGGAACCAGUGCUGCCGAUGAAGUACGACAGAGGCACGAGGAGAUUUCGAAUCAGAGAAGGAGCAAACAUCGCGGUGUUCUCGAUCGACUUCAACAGAAUAUGAAUGAAGCUGCUGCUCGAAAGGCAGAAGCCGAAGGUGUCAAACAAGCGGUAUCAAAUCUUCUUGUCUGGAGUCGGCAAGUUGCUGAGAAGACGAAAGAACCAGUGGAAUUGCCUUUGAAUGAGAUCUCGUUGAAUGAAGCUAAACGAGAUGAGCAAGUUCUCAGCGGAGAAAUUGAAUCGAAAUUGGCAUUAGUUGAUGAUUUGGAAAGAAAGGCCAAGGAUGUUGGAGAUGGCGAUUCGCACAAUGCGCUGCAGGAAUGCAAGCAGAAGCUUAUUCGAAGCAGAUCGGAUCUUAAAGGACAUCGUGAUAAUAUUUUCGACGCCAUCAAUGGACUUCAUUUGGUCAACUCGAAUGGUGAGAAACUUGCGAGAGGCAUUGAUGCGGUCUCUGGAAAACUGAGAGUUACCAGUGGAAGAGAUGCGGCUCGAAUGCAAGAAGCACAGGACGACGUUGAACAGCUUAUCCGAAACAUGUUGGAUCUUGAAGUCGCUGCCAAGAAUGUCUGUGAUAUUCCGAAUGUCACCCGAACUGAGCCGAUUAUCGAGAAAGCCAAAGAUUUGCGAAGACGCGUUGAUUCUUGUGCCCAGGAGCUUGAUGCGAAACGUGGAAAACUCGCUGAAGUUGAUGCUUUGGAGAACGAAUUCGAAGAUGCGAAACAAAGGACGAGCGAUUGGCUCGCGAAGUUCGACGAGGACUUGAAAGCUCUUGGAAAAGUGUCGAUUGAUAAGGAAAAGCUUGCUACUCAACGCAAGGAAACUGCUUCGAUGGCUGAACGACAUACUCAUGCUCUUGAGAAGUUGGAUGAACUCGAGGCCAUUGCCACUCGACUUGGAAAUGUUGAUGAUGCUCAAGGAGCCAUCAAAGGCGCGAAUGCGAUGAGACAGGUUGCCGAUUUGACUGCGAAGGUACAACAACAGGACAAUGAGUUGAAGCAGAGAGCGGCUCUCAUUAACAAGAAUGACGCGAAGGCGAGAAGCUUUGAUGCUGCCGAAGACGAGGCUGUCAAAUAUAUGAACAAGAGGAAAGAAACACUGGCUGGGUUGCCGAUUCCAAUUACCAAGGACGUCGUGAAGGCCCAACUUCAAGAAUUGGAGCGUAUGGAUAAGGCAGCGAGGACCGAACAGAGGCGAGUGGAGGAAGCCCGAUUUGCGGCUAGAGAAAUCGCUAGGCAGGCGUCGAUUGAAGCGGAAGCGGAAGAGAUGCUCAAACGCGAGAAGAGCCUUGCUGACGAAUGGGAUUCUCUUGCUGAUCUCUAUGAUUCGGUUAGAGAUCGCACACGUGACGCGGAAAAGCUUUUGGAUGAAUGUCAGCAAAUUGAAAAGUGGAUUGGAGCCAAGAAGAAGAUGGUUGACACUAUUGGAGCACCGAGCACUGACGCCGCCGUUGCAAGAUCGCAGACUGGACAGAUUCAGUUGAUGAAGGCUGAGACGGAAGGCGAAAAAGCUGCACUUGACAAUGUUAACACAAUGGCGAAUGAGUUGAUUGGCAAAUCGGGAACUGAUGAGAAUAACGUGAAAGAGCUUGUCACGAAGAUGGACAAUUUGAAUAGAAGAUGGAACUCGUUCGAAGGUGGACUUGAUGACAAGUCGGGAAGAAUUGAGCAGGCGGCAAAGCUUGGCGACGAACUCAGACAGAUCAACAAACAAUUGAAGAAUGAAAUUGCCGAUCUUGAAUCGAAUGUUGAGAAGGCGUCGACUAUGUCUCCUAGCGAUCUUGGCGAACAAUUAUCGACCCUUGACGGAUUGAAAUCUCGUUUUGGAGUUGUUGACAAAUCCCUCAACAACCUCAAAAAUAUUUUGGAUGCCGCUGAAGAUUUGGAAGUUGAUGCUAACAAUCUUGCUGAGAUACAGGAACAUUUCGAAUCUACUCAGAAGAAGGCUGAUGAGAUUGAACGCAAGAUUGAUAAUGUUAAGAAAGCUGCUCUUAAUGCGCAAAAUCAAGAAGUUGAGUUGGAGAAAAAGCUCGACGAGCUUUUGUCUUUGGUUAACACGGCGGAGAACAAUCUUGCACAAGCGGCGCCGAUUUGCGCCGAUUCUGCGAAGCUCGCUGAUGAAUCGAAGGCCGCCAAGGAAAUAUACAGAAAUUUGGUUGAUAAUGAAGGAGACUUCUCGUUGUUGAAAGCAAUGCUUAAUGAUGAACUGAAAAAGAAACCCGACUCGAAGUUGAAGGGCAAACUGGAUGAAUUGAAUGGAAAAUGGGGACGAGCUGUGGCGGGAGCGCGAGAUCGCAAGGAUCUGGCUGAUCGCGUCGCUGAGCUUGUCAAACAGUUCAGCGAUUCUGAAAGUGCUUUGGAGCAAAGAUUGAAAACUGAUAAGGAUGAGAUAGAAAUUCUUCUCUCUAAUAAUAAUCCGAACAACACCGAACUUGCCGAUGGAUUGAAGCUUGUGGAAAUGACGAUGGCUCGAAGAAUGGCCGAUGUUGAAGCGCUGAACGGGGUUAUGAAUCGAAUUGAAGCCUCUGCUCCUGGACCAGACGCAAAUCGCCUCAGAAGAAAGGCCGACAAACUCUCGGAUGACUGCAAAGUUAUAUCGAAACGAGCGCGAGCUGCUGCAGCUCAAGCUCAACGCAAGAAUGACUUCUUUGCCAAAUUCCAACGAGCUGCUGAAGAAGUUGCUCAAUUUGCUGAUUCGCAGAAAAUCAAAAUCGAUGAUGCGAUUGAAAAAGAUGCGAUGAGCAGUGAACGAGUCCAAUCAAAGAUUAAUGAGAUUGACGAUUUUUGGUCGCUGAAGAAUCGCGAAUUAAGAACCGCUGGAGAUGAAAUUAAGAAUGACGGAACGCCGGAAGACGUUGAAAUGGUUGAUAGCACCAUUGAUAGACUCAAAGCUGCAAUUGAUAGUCUUCUUGCGCAAUUGAACGAACAAAAUGAAAGGCUUGGCGAAAAGAAGGAAGCGGAAGACCGGGUGAACUCGAUUACACAAAAAGCGGCACAAAAGAUUAAUUCGUUGGUUGCGGAAAUAAGCGACUUGGAUCCUGUGGGAAGAAGUCGUGAUGAGUUAAAGAAGCAGAAGGAUGAAGUCGAGAAGCUUGCGCAAGAACUUGAUGAUGCCGAAACCAAGAUUAUUGAGUUGAAUGCUGAAUGGGACGCUGCUCUUGACACUGGUGUCGUCGGUGUUCCUGCUUAUGAAACGAACAAGUCGAAUGUUGACGAGUUGAACAAGCUUGCCGCGCGUGCUCGUAAACGACUUGGACAACGAGAGAAGAAAUUGAAUGAGACGGAAGACGAAAUCGACAAAUUACAUAAGGAGGCUGAUGAGAUUGUCGCCGAGCUUAAGAAUGUUGGUGAAAGUGAGGUUUUGGCUGAAAAUCAACAGCUGAAUGAUCCGAGAAUGAUCGCGGAAAAGGUGAAACAGUUGAAGGAGGCGUUGAAGCCGAUUGGCGAGAAGAUGGAUGGAUUCAACUCGGAUUGUAAGCUUAUGAUCAAGACUGCUGGCCCUGAUGGAGAUACAUCGGAACUUGACAGCUUGCUGAAUCAGGUGGGAGACGCUUGGUCCAAUAUUGUCGGAAAGGUGUCCGACAAGGAAAUGAUCGUCGAUGCCGCGGUACAGCAGAUGGGAAGGUUUGAAGACGCUUAUCGCGCACUUCUCAACUGGCUGGAAGAGACUGAAGAGAUGAUGGAUAAUCAGAAGGCACCGUCAGCGGAUCCCAAAGUUUCGAAGGCUCAGCUUCAUGCUUAUGAGGUGCUACUGAAGCACGUCGAAGAUAAGAAGGCGAGUGUUGAUGGAUUCGCUGCGAUGAUUGCCAAGAUGGUCGAGAACACGAAAAACCCAGAGGAGAAGAAGAACUUGAUCAGCAAAGAUGAGCAAGUCAAGACGAGAUAUGAGGAUUUGCUCACGGGAGCACAAGAAAGACAGAGAAGACUUCUGGAUGCGGUUGAUCUUGCUGAACGACUCAAUGAAGUUGUCAUCCCAUUGGAACAAUGGAUGAGUGGAGCUGAGAAGAGACUCAGUGGAUUGUCGAAGGUGCCGAUCACUAUCGAAAAGGCGAAAUUGAUGCUAGUUGAGCAGGAUGAGCUUCAGAAUGAGUUGGAGAGCAAAAGUGAUGACUUCAAAUCAGUUCUUGAGAUUGCACCCAUUCUAUCGUCUCUUGUUAGUGUUGAAGAUGCGAACGCUGUUAAUGGACAAGUUCAACAAAUCGAAUUCCGAAUCAGAGCUUUGGAUAGUGGAAUUACUGCGAUGAAGCCGCUUCUUGAGGAUUUCCUUCAACAAAUUCAAGAUUUCACAUUGGAUUCUGAGGAUAUGACAAAAUGGGUUGAAGAGACAGAGAAGAAGCUAAAUGAUCUUGAUGAUCUCCCGAUUGCUCCUGACGAUCUCAUCGAACAAUCAAAUAUUCUUGCCGACAUCACUAGUGCUAUUGCGGAUCGCGAUGAAACCAUGACCAGCAUUUUCGAGGUCGGACGACAAUUAGCUCUUCAAGGAGAGCCUGAAGAAGCGCUUCAAGCUCAACGAAAACUUGAUGAGUUGAAAUUCCGCUAUUCUGAUUUGAUGAAAUCAGCUGAUGAUAAGAUCGCGCUUUUGACGAAAGCGAUUCCAUUGUCCGACAAAUUCCAUGAAGGAUUCGAAGGUGUUAUGGAAUGGCUGGAUGCCGUUGAGCAGGAUUUGCAGCAUCUCGAUGAAGAGGAUCCGGACACUCAGGCCGAAUUCAUUUUUGCCUUGGAAGAGGACAUUUCGAAUUGGAGACCAGAAGUCGAUGAGCUGACCGCAAUAUCGACACAGCUUCAAGCACUGUGUUCACCGGAGAAGUCGGAAGAACUACUUCAGAAUACGACCGAGAUGAACAAAAUGGUGAAUAGUGUUGCUGACCGAGUUUCGCGUAAAGCUGAACGCAUCGAAAUGCACGGAAAACAAUCGAGAGCGGUGCUGGAUGACCUCUCGUACCUCGUGGAAUGGUUCGCCGACGCCAGAAAGCGUAUUGAAGCUGCUGGGCCACCUUCAAUUGAUCCCGAAUUUCUGCGAACGCAGCUAAAACAUCAGAAACUAAUGAAUGAGGAGGUCAAUGCGAACAAAGUACAACUUCGCAAUGUUACGACGGAAGCCAAAAAGGUCGCACGACAACUCGGCGCCGAAGGGACCGAAGCCAACACGGAACUCGUCGACAAAUGCGACGAAGGAAAAGAACUCGUUGAUGAGGUCUGCUCGAUGUGUUUGGAGCGCACCGAGCUUUUGGAGCGCGGACUUGUGCUUGCUGAGCAGCUCGCUGAGAAAUUCGACGAUUUGAACGAAUGGCUUGAUCAUAUGGAGAAUGAGCUGCAGAAUGCGCCAUCGGUGACGACGGCGACACCGGCGAAUGAGCUACGAGCAAUGCAUGAUCAUAAUAAUGAAUUGUCGCAUAUGUUGGCUGCUUAUCGGCCUAUCAUCGAUCGAUUCCGUGGAGACGUCGCUGCACUUCAGGAGAUCUGCGCUGAACGAGAGGGCAAGCCUCUUGGAGAGAUUGCCGGUGAAGUGAUUGCGAGAUACGAUGAGAUUCGUGAGGCUGUUCGUGGAAGAGGACAGGCAAUUGACAACACAAUGAAUGCUACUGUCGGAUUCGGCGAAUGUCUUGAAACUCUUGUGUCGAACCUUCAGAAUGCUGCUGAUCGUCUUCGUGACAAUCAAGGAAUAUCUGCUGAUCCGAGUGUUCUUGAAGGACGGCUCGCUGAGAACUCGUCGAUUAUUGAAAGUCUUCGUGACAAGCAGCAAGCUUAUGACAAUUUGAAACAGUCGGCGAAUGAGCUGCUUGCUAGCGCGCCUGAAGGCGAUGCGGCUGCUGGAGACAUUGAGAACAAACUGGGACGACUUGAUAAACUUUGGAAGGAGAUCGAGAGCGAGGCUUUGGAUCGCGGAGUCGUUCUUGAAGAUGUGCUCAAGAAGGCGAAAUUCUUCUGGAAUGAGUUGGACUCGUGUCAGAAGGCGGUUGAUGAUUUGAGAACUCGAUUGGAUCUUGUGGAACCGGCGACCGGACAGCCACAGCAGAUCGCAGCGCAACAAGAAGUCCUGGCUGAAGUUGCCGCCGAAAUGGAACGAACUCGGCCGCGGAUUGAAGCUCUUUCGAUUGCUGGACAACAAUUGGCGAAUUACGUGUCGAAUGAUGAAAAAACCGUAAUUGAUGCUCAAGUAGCGAAUGUUCAUGGAGGAUUUUCAACGAUUACCGCAUUAUUUGCUGAAAAGAAACGUGAUCUCAUCGCUGCAAUGGAAGAGGCAAUGUCGUUCCAUGACGAUCUUCAAGCACUUCUUGUUUGGCUCGAUUCUGCCGAGAAACGAGUUGCUCAGAUGUCGCCAGUUGAAUCAGCAAAACAGAUGGCUGAAAUUGGAAAACUGCUGGAAGAGCUUCGUGCAUUCAAAGAUGAGGUCGAUGAGCAUGGAGUGAGCAAGGAGCGCGUAGUAAACACGGCCCAUCAACUCGCCGCUGAUGCUCCUUCGCAUCUUGCCGCUGCUGUCAGACAACCGAUUGCGGAAUUGAAUGGAAGAUGGACGAGAUUGUAUGCGACUCUUGCGGAAAGAGAGCAUAAACUUGAAAGCUCACUCUUGCAAAUGGGCAAUCUCUCUGAUGCAAUUGCUCAGUUGACUGCUUGGAUGGAUAAGACUAAAGCGACUUUGAUUGAAAUCGCUCCUUCGAAGAAUUCGGUGAAUCUUCGGGAUAUUGAAAUCGCGCAGUGCAAACUUGCUGUUAUCAGCAACGAUGUGCAUUCUCAUGCUCAGAGUGUGAACACUGUCAAUCAGGCAGCUGCCCAAUACGGCAAAAACGCUGGCGGUGUCGACGCUGACACGAAAGAGAAACUUGUGCAGAUGAACGAGAAAUGGGCGGAGAUUCAAGAUCUGCUUGCGAAACUUUCGGGAGUCAUGGAAGUUGCGAAGGCGCAGGCUGAGAAUGUUGGCGGUGAAGUUGAGAAGUGGCAAAAUUGGCUCGAGGAGACUGAGGCUCAACUUGUGAACACGAAACCGACUGGAGGAUUACCGGAGACUGCUGAAGCGCAGCUCGACGAAUUCAGAGUGUUGAAGGCGGAUGUUGAGCAGAACACUGGAGCGUUUGAAGCGCAUCUCGCCGAAAUGGCGAAUGGCGAGAAGAAUAAUGAAUGGAUGGCGAAAUCGCAUGCGACGUUGAAGUCGAAAUGGAUGAAGGUCAAGGAAUUGUUGGUUGAUCGAGAGAAGAAGCUGCAGGUGGCGUUUGAGCAAGCGGUGGCUCUUGAACAGGCUCUUAAUGAUAUGGAGCAUUGGAUCGUUGACGCCGAACGGAAGAUGGCCGAUUUCCCGCCAAUCAGCAGAUUGCCGGAUGUAGUGGGCAAGCAGCUCGCCGAUCAUGAAAGCUGGAUGGAAGAAGUUGCCGGCCGCAAAGCCGCGAUGGCUCAACAUCAGGCCGCUGGUGUCCGAAUGCAGUAUUAUUGCGAGAAGAAGGAUGCGAUUCCAAUUAAGAAUCGCGUUGUUUCGUUGAAACAUCGUUGCGAGAAGAUCUCGAGUCGAACCGCUGAACGCGCCAAACAAUUGGCCGCUGCGAGAGAUGAGGUUGCCACGUGGCAAGACGGAGUUCACGAACUUGACGCAUUCAUUGCUGAUGUGCUUGACAAGAUCAAUGCUGACGGAGACGCGAUGACUAGCAGUUUGGAGAAGCUGAAAGCGAGAUUGGAAGAGAUCAAGGAGGCUCAGCAGGAUGUCACUGCCAAACAACCAGUGUUUGAAGUAACUCGUCGUCGUGGAAUUGCCCUUGCUGAACAUGCGACCAGAUCGGAAUACAAGACAAUUGCCAGUGCUAAUGAGAAAUUGGCGAAGCGAUGGAAUGAGAUGGUCAAGAAGGUCCGUGACAGACUUCGAGAAGCUGAGCAAUCUGUUCUCGAAGGAGGCGCUUUCGAAGAAGCGAUGAACAACUUGGAAAGUUGGGUUGACGAUGAGCUUGAACGAUAUGAGCAGGACGAGAAAGCGAAGGUAUUCGGAGACAUUGAUGGAGUUCGAGCACUUGUUGACGAGGAAAAUCGACGAGCGGCUGAGAGAAAGAACAAGGAGAAUGGUGUGAAGACUGUGGCGAAGAAGGCCGAUGCUUUGAUAGCUUCGGGUGUUGAUGAGAGCGACACGAUAAAAGAGGCGAAGGAUCGUUUGAUGGAUAAAUGGAAGAUGGUUGAAGAAGCAGCGAAAAGGAGAAGCGAUAGUAUCAAGGAAGCUGAGGAAGCUGCUAGUGUGUUUGAUGCGAAGGCUCACACACUGCUUGAUUGGCUCGCUGUGGAAGAGCAGAAGCUGAAAACGCCUGCUGGAAGUGUGAAGGCGGCUCUUGCCGAGGUCGAAAAGGUCAAGAAGGAGAUGGACGAGGCGAAACAGAAGUAUCAGGAGUGCCUUGAAAAGGGCGCUGAGAUUCUUGAUAAGUGUCAGCCGCAAUCGGAACAGACGUUGAAGAACUGGAUCCGAGUUGUUGAAGCAAGAUGGAAGGAGGUGUCGGAGAAGGUUGAUGAGAAGGAGUUCGCACUUCUCGAAGAAGAACAAAAGGAAAAGGAACGGGAGGAGCAGAUUGCACGGCUUGCUGCGUUUGCGGCGAAGAAGCGAGAAGAGCUGAAUGCGAUGAUCGAUAGGCCAUUGGCACAAGAUCUCGAUACAAUGGAAGUACAUCUCAAAGAGAUGUCUGAUCUCGAUUUUGAGCUGAGAGAGAAACAACCGGAAGUUGAUGCGGCUUGUAAGGUUGUCAAGAAAGGUGUUCGCAAUCCGGGAGCGGAAUUGCUCUCGAAUGAAUGGAAGAAGCUUUGGCUGGAUGCGAUGGGUUUGCAAUCAUCGCUCGAUGCUCAAAAAGAGCUGUUGGAUGAGAUGAAGCGAUUGGAAGGAUGGAAAUGGGAGGAUUGGAAAGAGCGAUACGUUGAGUGGAAUGACCAUGCAAAGGCGAGAGUGUCGGAUUUGUUCAGAAGAAUCGAUCGACUUCAUACCGGAAAUGUGCCAAGACAAGUUUUCAUUGAUGGAAUUAUUGGAUCGAAUAUUGUACCGAAUUCGACGGUCACCUAUUCGAAAUUCCCGACGUCUCGAUUGGAAAUGGCCAAAGUUGCGGACUUGUUCGAUAAGGGAGAUGGAAUGAUUAACUCGAAGGAGUUCAUCAAUGCUCUUCGAUUUGAUAGCUCGAAUAGAAAUGCGAAGCCGCAAACUGAUACCGAGAAAAUCACCCAUGAAAUUGAGCGACAAAAGAAGUCAUGCAGUUGUUGUCAGCCAUAUCAAAUUGAGAAGAUAUCAGAUAAUCACUAUAGGUUUGGAGAUACUCAUAUCAAGAGAAUGGUUCGGAUCCUGCGAUCCACUGUGAUGGUCCGCGUCGGAGGUGGCUGGGAAUCGUUGGACGAGUUCCUCCACAAACACGAUCCAUGCCGCGCCAAAGGCAGAUUGAAUAUCAACAUGUUCCCCGAGGCGAAGCCGACGCACGCGCUUGAUUCGAUGCGGGCGUUCACCAAGAAUCGAUAUGCGAAAAUUCCGGAACACGUUCCCGUCAGCGGCACACCUGGACCAAUUAUGAAGAUUCGAGAGAAGACCGAGCGAAGUGUGCCGAUGUCGGGCGGACUCGGCGGAACAGCCGGCUACACGCCGACGUCGAGUUUGCCGUCGAGAAUUCCGAGAGCGCCGUCGGAUUUGAGUGCUGGUCGUUUAAGUCGUGUCGGAUCGCAAUCCAACUCGCGAUCCUCAUUAUUCGACACGCCGUCACGUCCGGACUCACGCGCCUCAUCUGAAGCUGGAGACCGACAAACGAGAAUCCCGUCGUUGCGUUCCAAGAAAGGAGUACGCUAUAAUCCGCCGUCAGCGAAAUAA